GAGAACAGCUUUCUGCAUCGCGGUAAAAUCUUGCCGGGAACAAACGGCAAGGAGGAUCCGUUUCAGUCCAAAAAUAAAACGCGUUUGGCGGCUCGGGAGGGGGAUUGAAGCAUUUAAGAAUGGAAAAAGACUUCUACUAUUUCCAGCAUCCGUGGUCUCGCUUAAUUGUGGCCUACCUAGUGAUCUUCUUUAAUUUUUUAAUAUUUGCUGAAGAUCCAGUAUCCCACAGCCAGACAGAAGCAAAUGUCAUUGUUGUUGGAAACUGCUUUUCCUUCAUUGCAAAUAAAUACCCUGACGGAGGUGGUUGGAACUUUUUAAAAGUGACUUUGUGGCUAUUUGCCAUUCUCACAGGACUCAUAACUGGCAAGUUUCUCUUCCACCAGCGUCUAUUUGGUCAGCUACUUCGGUUGAAAAUGUUUCGAGAGGAUCAUGGGUCUUGGAUGACAAUGUUUUUCAGUACCAUACUUUUUCUCUUCAUCUUUUCUCAUAUCUACAAUCUAUGUCUUCUUAUGGCAGGUAACAUGAGGCCAUACAUUGUGACGGACUUCAUGGGCAUCAGGAAUGAAAGCUUUAUGAAAGUAGCAGCAGUGGGGACCUGGAUGGGAGACUUUGUCACAGCUUGGAUGGUGACCGAUAUGAUGCUUCAGGACAAGCCUUACCCUGACUGGGGAAAAUCUGCCAGGGCUUUUUGGAAAAGGGGGAACAUUAGAAUCAUUUUAUUCUGGACAGUUUUAUUUACUUUGACCUCAGUGAUUGUGCUGAUCAUCACAACAGACUGGAUAAGCUGGGACAAGUUGAAUCGUGGAUUUCUGCCAAGUGAUGAAGUUUCAAGAGCUUUCCUGGCUUCCUUCAUCUUAGUUUUUGACCUUCUUAUUGUCAUGCAGCCUCUGUCAACUCCAUCAUUGUUAUAUUCCAUUCUAACAUCAUCUCAACAUCUUUUGGGAUCUGAGGACUGGGAAUUUCCACAUUUUAUGGGUGAUGUUGAUGUGAAUCUUCCAGGCUUGCCAACUGCACAUUUUCAGUUCAGACUGCCUUAUUUUAAAACUAUUUUAAAGGAGGAGUAUCACAUACAUAUUACAGGCAAAUGGUUUAAUUAUGGGAUUAUAUUUCUCGUUUUAAUCUUGGAUCUGAAUAUGUGGAAGAAUCAAAUAUUUUACAAGCCACAUGAAUAUGGUCAAUAUAUUGGUCCUGGACAGAAAAUUUAUACUGUGGAAGACUUAGAAAGCUUAAAGGACCUCAAUAGAACCAAACUUUCUUGGGAGUGGCGGUCAAACAACACAAAUCCUUUGACCAACAGAACCUAUACUGAAGAUGAUAUGUUUCUACAUAGCCGAUACAUUGGUGCAAGCCUAGAUGUCAAAUGCUUGGCCUUCAUUCCAUCUUUAUUAGCAUUUGCUUUGUUUGGAUUCUUCAUCUGGUUCUUUGGGCGUUUUCACAAAACUGAUCAAGGCAUGGAAAAUCUUGACAAAUCAUACACACAAAUGAAAAGGAAAUCACCAUCUGAUAUGGGAAUGACACGAGAGAACACACAAAUUUUAGCUGAGGAGACUUUAGGCUCUGAAGAUCCCCAUUUGAUAUGUAUCAAGUCUGACUUGAGUGAAAUUGUCUUUAAUUCCUCACUCUUAACAUCUGAAAAUCUUAGCUCCCAUCUAGAUGAUCAGCCAAGUCCAUUGCAACCAAUAAGGGAGUCGACAGUACCAAAGAAUAAUCCUUUACCUAAUAAGUGUUGGAAACAGUAAAACGAAUAAAUAUUGUGAGAUUU